CUCCUUAUACAGUACAUAUUGCGGCUAAGCACGCGCAGAUGGAGAUCAGUACCCGAAAUUUGAUAAUAUUCCCUCUGAAUCUAGAAUCAACACGCGCGAAAGUCGGCAAUUUAAUGACCCAUUUUUUUAUGGCUUCUGGUUUACCUCCAGCCAGUUGGGAUUUUUACUUGCAAGGUUUAUUUCAGUUAUGUGUUUCUGUUCUUACUAUUUGUGGGACACAAUGUAGACCACUAGGUUCCCAGUAAUUCUACUACUAGUAAUAAUCAUUGCUUAUGGAUCCGCGUUCGUCUUAUUCCACGAGCAUGACGUCCCGCGCGAAAACGAGGCUAAUGAAACGAAAACGAGUCCAAAGGAGUCCAUCUUCCUGCGGCCGAGAUGACCCUGAUAAAAUUAAUAGGGGCGGCUAAUCGGCAGUCGCCCGUGAUAGCUCGAAAAUUUCUGCCCUUGUACCACAGGAACACCAGAUUAUGGUGCGUUCUGACGAACGCGAUGAAACCCCAAAGCGUGAUAGCCAUUACCUCCAUUUUAUUUUGAUUUCCCUUGUAGGUUGACACGGAGGCUUCGUGGUUAAAUUACGACCCAAAAGAAACUAACCCAAGAAAAGCGGAUUUUGUACCAAAUAUUCAAGCGGUAACAACAUCCGUGGGUCGAGUGAAGGUAGGUUUUAUAUUAAAAGAGCUUAACCCUCUUUCCCUUUCUGGUGGGGAGGGGGGUAAUCGCUGCAUGAUGGCCAAUACAGGGAUGUUCUGUCUGAAAGGGGUACGUUUUUCAGGCUUCAGCUAAGUGAAAGGAGAGGAAUUUCUCGAGUUUGAGUAUAUGAAAAGGUACGGAGACCCUUAAUUUAGGCAUUUUAAGCGCCUUUAAACAUAAUGCUUCGAACAGACGUACCUUAUGGUCGUGCGAUUUUAUUUUAUUAAGCACUACAUGUAAUGAAAAGAAGACUUACCUGUUAGUAGGUGUGUGAAAGGAGCACUAUUUCUUAAUGGCGGUUAUUCGAAGGGGAUACCUUUUUUGUCUAAAAUGGUAGAUAAAAGGGUAAGGGGUGGGACCUCGGGGCGGAGCCUCCCUGUAUAAAAAGGUGUUCAGCAGCCCCCUCCCCUUUGUGAAAGUAAGUCUCAUUUGCGUAAGAAUAUCGAAUAAUUAUAUUUUGAUGUGAAAUAAUUGUAUUUUAAUGUGAAAUGCUUGAAACUCAAUUUAUAUCAUUCAUUUGGGAGCUCUUCCUUUGCCUAUUUUUGCAUCUCAUGGGCUAGAGGAGACAAGGGUCUCGACGUAUUUUUUUUUUUUUUGUAAUAAAGUUGAAUUACUCACAUUUAAGUACGCUCUGUUUCGCUCCGUUCUGAUUCAAAGCUGAAUCGGCAUUCAUGAAGUCUUGGUAUCCAGGCGUUCUCUUCGAAUCCUAAGGCGUGGACGCUAAGCGCCCGGUGUAUUCUCUUUGGAUUCGAAGAGAACGCCCGGUUACCAAGACAUUACCAAUGUCGAUUCAGCUGUGAACUAGGGCAGAGCGAAACAGAGUAUACAGAAUAUAAGAAGAAAAUUGACCAGAAAAGACAAAGGACUAUUUUAAUGUGAGUAAUUCAACGUUAUUACACACAAAAAUUAACCUUUAUUUAGUCGAAACCCAUGUUUCCUAUAGACCAUGGUGCACCCUACGCUUAGUCUCCAGCCGCGGAUGUCUCGAUGCGCCCGCGAUUCUUCCCAGGGGAGCCUCGACGGAGCCUCGACGUAUGGGCCAUUUUAGGGAGUACCCAACUAGGAACUUGUAGGAACAUUUUGUCUUUAGGGAGAUAAAACACCAACGAAGGCGGCGGUUAAGAAAACGUCACGUAAGCCUUUAAGUCCCUAUAAUGACCAACAACAAUUUUCUCCUAACGAUAUCCAUACAUUGUCAAGAGAUAAAGUUAUGAGAAUUAAUAAAAUGAUCACCAAAGGAAAAAAUUGCAUGAUCCUCAACUAAUUCUUAAAGGAAAUGUAUGCAGAUCAUUUUAGAGAAUUUGUAUGUGGAUAUUGGGGAUUAAUGGGUUAAAAAGGGCGUUCGCGCAGCUUCAAACUUUAUCUCGCUUAUUCCAUCUCGUUCAGUUUGACAAAUACUGGCAAAUGUUUCUGCAAUGGAAUUCUAAAGUUCAGGGAAAGAAGAAGAAAGUCUUGUGACCACGUCCUCCACAAAACGUACAGUUAUAAGCAGUUUCACGUCGUAGUCGGGCAAGGACGACAGAGAAGUGUACAAAAAAGCACUUGCAAAGUUGUUGUCUUGCCAAUCCAAACCUAUUGUUUUGUUUGUUUGUUUUGCUUUUUUUUUUGCCGUUCUCGUUACCGUUGCCGGUGUCGUUGCUUAAGUUCCCUAUUUGUUUUGUUUUAGGACGCCGUGUUGGUAACUGGCCGAAGCCGUCUGGUACUAGUCUCUCUUAAAGAUGGUUCUCUGCUAGCUUCUCACUCCAUACCCUGUGAUCCACUCUCCCCUGUCGCACACGGUGACUUCACAAAUGAUGGAUUGAUGGAUUUUGUCGUGCACUGUAGAGCAAGGUGAGUUAAGUUUUGACCUUAGCCUAGUCAAAAUGAACAUAUAGGUAGCCUGUUCCCCCGAUCCCCCAAUCCCCCGGAAAAGAUACAAAAAGGGACAAGAAUACUUGUUGGAAAAUUGGAAUUUGCCUCCAGUCCUAUUAAAGAAGACUAACCUCCCACGCAGGCGUUUUUUAGGGGAGCUCGCAUUUCCUCCCUCCCAAAAGUGACAGGGAUGCUCGACGAAAAUUAAGCCCCUAAGGGCCCCCCUAAGGGAGACCAAUGUGUGUAUGUUCUUUAUGCACAGUACUAAGCGAUACCUGAACUGGCAAGUAUAAGUGACUUUCCAUCCCAAACACCCUAAGUGAGACCAAAAUCAGCAAUUUACACCCCAAAGCGAGACGGCGUUGUUCGUUGUCUCUUUUAUUUGGGAGUUCCCCGGGCUCUGGACGAUCUUACGAAAAAUUUGGGGACUUUUCACCUGACACGGCGGCAAUGUUAGUGUCCCAAACCAGUCCUUCGGGAGUUGAACUCUUUUAUUGUUUAGCGCUUACCACGUAAGUGGAAACGCAUUCUUGAUCAACAAGUGUGUGUAAUUGGCGUUGUGUCUCUUUGCUUUUACCCUGCGAGCAGAGAUUUCUUUCUGGCAAGGCUCUUAGCAUUUACUCUCUCACAAAAAAACCAACUACGGGACUAACAAACGACGCGAACGACUUCGUAAAUGCUAAAACCCAUGCCAGAAAGAAUCAUCUGCUCGCAGGGUACUUUCCUUUCUGAAGAGAAAACAACUUUAUUUUCAGCUACCUCGGCUUCUCACUGGACAGUAGACCCGGGUUCUGGUGGACAGCGGUCUGGGUCGCUUGUGGACUGGGCGCUAUCGGAAUUGCCGUUCUGAUCCUUCGUUUCAUCGAGGAGGUGAUUGCGUGACGCUAGACGGAAUCACGCCACAUGCUAGUCACGCGUUGUGUGAUGGCAGUUGUCACAAAUCCAAGAAGUCAUCGUUGUCUGUGGCUCUCUUUGUGACUGGUAACACCUCAUUUGAAUACGAGGUAUGCAUCUACUUGUACAAGGAAAAUGCUUCUACCGGGUUAUCUGUCACGUGGUCACGUGAACGUUAAACUUGAACCGGCCAUGGAACAUUAAAGCCCAGAAUAGAAAGUGAGGAUAAGGAUAAGGAAGUUGUCUUAGCGGGUCUUUACGGGUUUUUGUACCUCCGGUCACAUACCGGUCAGGAAUUUCAGCCUGGGAAAUAUUUUUCUCGACGAACUAGCGCGGAAACGUUCGCUGCGUAGGCUAAACUGACCACAACAAGGAUGAAUAGUCUUCGUGAAAAGCGGGACCGUUUUGGGACUUUCGGGAAAAUGCACAUUGCUCAGUUACGGUAUGUCUGCGUCUUUACAUCAGUCGACAGUGAACACAAGCUUCAGUUUGCUGGUCAGAAAUACGUUCAAUGAGUUUAUUUCCUCAAAACGUCUUGUUGAUAGGGUGAGGCGCCACAGUUCUACAUUCCAAUAUACGAAGAGAGGGUUUGGCCACCAAACAAACGUUCGUAUGGUUGGUGCUUCCUCACGCUUUCCUCUCCCACUUGUGGAAGGCGUCAAGCAAGUGAUAUGAUAAAAGAUGGAGGAAUUUAGUUUUAAAAAAAAUAAAACAGUGUGGUCUCGAACGCCGUUAUCGUGCUAGUGUGCGGUGGUUUCGGGAGUGGCCGCUAGAUAGCGCGAGAGUCGCUGGCCCAAAACACACAAACCAAGAAUCCCAACUCUAGCGUAUGCGCGCGCCCGCAGGCUCGAAUCCCUUUUGUCCUUUAAUAGACGCCGUUUGCUUACAGAAAGCUGGCGUUGCGGCUCACACAAAGAUUAUUUUCCAUUUAAAAGAAUAAUUAAAAACUAAUUCCGU